AUGUCAUCAAUAUCAUCAUGUAUUGUUAUCAAAUGGAACAAUGAUCAUUUAGUUGCAUACGUACAAACUGAUAAUGAUGAUGUGGAAUAUUUUCGUGAACAUUGUCGUUCUCAUUUACCAUCAUUGAUGGUUCCUUCAAUAUUUAUUGUAGUUAAACAAUUUCCAUUAAGUACAAAUGGAAAAAUUGAUCGAAAACGUCUUCCUCAGCCAGAUUCAUCAUUAUUAACUAAUUUAUCAACAUCAUUAAAUGAGAUGAAACGUCCUGAAAAUGAUUUUGAAGAAUGUAUACAUAAUAUUUGGUCUAAAAUUCUUCGAUAUGAUGGAAGGAAAAUAUCAACAAAGGCAAAUUUUUUCACAAUAGGUGGUCAUUCUCUUUUAUUUAUUGAACUUUAUAACAUUUAUCAAUUAACAUUUGAUUUUGAUAGUCAUAUCAUUUCUAUAAGUUCGUUUCUUCAACAACCAACUAUAAUUGACCACUGUCAAUUACUUCGGUCUAUUACAAAUAACAAAAUUCAAUCAAACAAAUGGCAUUCUUUACAUAUUAAUCAAGGCAUAGCAUCAUUUGCUCAAGAACGAAUUUAUGUUGAUGAAAAUAUUCGUUUUUCAAAUAAAAUCGCAAUUUAUAAUGAAUUAACAGCAUUACGAAUUAUUGAAGGAUCAAUAUCAUUAGAUCGUCUAUCAAAAGCUCUUCGAUAUGUUUUAAGUAAACAUAAAAUACUGCGUACAGCUCUCAAAUUCUGUAAUGAUAAUAGUAUUUUAAAACAAUAUAUUACUGAUAAACAUGAAGUAUUUGAACCAAUAACUGAUGGAAUAUAUAAUGAUGAAAAAGAACUUCAAGAUAUUAUUCAUCGAACGGUAACCAACCCAUGUUUGUUUAAUUUGUCAACUGGCCACGUUUUCUGUUGUCAAAUUCUUCGACAAAAAACGAUAUUCGAUAAUGAAAAGCAGGACAGCAAAUUUAUUAAAAAUUCUGACAUCCUUAUAUUAGGAUUUCAUCAUAUAGCAACCGAUCGGACGUCCCAUCAAAUCUUCUUACGUGAUUUAUGUUUUGCAUAUAAUACAGAUGUGGCCUGGGUAGAAGAUGAAGAAGCUUUACAGUACAUUGAUUAUUCUAGUCAUGAACGUUUAAUUAAUUUCAAACCAUCGUGUGAUUUCUGGCGUUUGGAAUUUAAAGAGUAUAAUUUCGAUCAUCGACUGUCAUUACCAUUUGAUCAACAUCGUCUACUUAAUGAUAAAAGAUCUGGUUUCGGUUCUAGCGCUGAAAUAUCUUUUAAUAGAGAAACAUCAGCAUCAUUUUUAAAUCAUGCAAUUACACACAAAAUUACGCCGUUUCAACUUGGUUUAGCUGUGUUUUAUAUCUUUCUUUUCAAGUUAAGCAAUGACGAAGCUGACCUGAGUAUUGCCUGCCUUAAUGUUAAUCGAUAUAAAACUGAAUUACAAAAUAUGAUGGGAAUGUUUAUCACAACACUGCCAUAUCGUCUUCAAUUUUCCACUGAUUGGUCUUUUAGUAAAUUUGUUGAACAAGUCAAGAAAAAGUGUUUAUCAAUUUUCGAACAUUCUCAUUAUCCAUUACAAAAUAUUAUUAAUGAUUUUCAUUUAAGUCAAUCAGGUAUUCCCUUUUUUCAAACAGCUUUUGACUUUAUUACUACGACUUCAACUACUAAUCAAUUUUCUUUUGAUAAUGUUACAUUAAAAUCAUCAAUUUCAGAGAAAUUAGUUCAAAUAGCUAAAUUUGAUUUCAUGGUAACAUUUGUCUAUAACUCAAUAUUAGAUGAUAAUACUCUAUCAUGCAAAUUUAUUUGUUCAAAUGACUUAUUCAGAAAUGCAACAGUUGCAAAAUUUGCUGAAAGAUUCGAGCAUCUUUUUGAACAAAUUUUCCACACCGAUUCUAGUGUUAAUCGAGAUGACUUAUUAGCUUCUUAUAUAACUCAAUUUAGCCUUGUCUUACCGGAAGAAAUCAAUGAAAUUGAAGAUAUUGUUUUCUGCCGGCAGUUGGAUAUCAUUAACGAAGCACCAGCUUCCUAUGCUCAAUCUCGUAUUUGGCUUGAUGAACAAAUUCGUUUUGAUUCAAAAACUUCUCAAGUAGCCAUAUACAAUAUGCCUUUUCUCCACCGGAUCUCAUCAAAUGGUUUUCUACUAGCUUCCAGACUUCACCAAGCAAUUCAACUUGUUAUUAGGAAACAUCAAGCCCUUCGGACAGCCUUGUACUUUGAUACAGAAAAAAAUACUUUAAUUCAACAUGUUAAGGAAUUGAAUAAUAUUAACCAUGAUGAGCUAUUUACAUUUGUUGAAAGCACAUUUGAAACGAACGAAGAUCUUCUUAAAAUUAUGCAUAAUGAACGAGGAAAUCCAAACUAUUUUAAUUUAUCUAAAGGGAUUGUCUGUCGGUGUCAUAUUGUAUAUUAUAAAGAAAUAUGUCGUAACGGAAUGAUUUCUGAUAAGGAUGCAAUUAUUUUCAAUUUUCAUCAUGCUUUAUUUGAUUUCCCAUCGAUGAAUAUAUUCCAUCGUGAUCUUGAUCAAGCAUAUACGAAUGGUCAUUUGGAAAAUGAUCAGAGCACAACCUUGCGCUACAUUGAUUUUUCAAUUGUCGAACAGCGAAUGCCUAUGGUAGCAGCCAGUAACUUUUGGCUUGAUACUCUUCGAAAUUUCAUAAUAGAUCGUCCUUUAUCACUACCAUUUGAUCGACAUCGUCUGCCCGAUGAGCAUCGCACUGGCCGCGGCAUAUCAGUUUCAUUUCGAUUUGAGAAAGAUCUUUCAGGUGCCUUUAUUACUUAUGCUUCAGUAAAUAAUAUCCAACUGGAACACUUGGCACUUGCUUCGUAUUUUAUAUUCUUAUUUAAAUUAACAAAUAGUGAAGAUGAUAUAUGCAUCGUUAUGAACCAUCAUGGUCGCUGUAAACCUGAGCUAAUGUCAAUUAUUGGAAUGUUUGUCAAUGCGAUUCCAAUGAGAUGCAAAAUAAAUUCCCAACAUUCUAUUCAAGAAUUUGCGAAUUAUUUAAAAGAACGAGUAACGCAGACUAUAGAAUACUCUUAUUUUCCUCUUCAACGUAUUCUUGCUCAACAUCCGCUCAAUGUCCGCCCUGCAUUUCUCGAUACAUUCUUUCAGUUCAGUUCUAUAUCAAAUGAAAUAAGUGACACAAAAGUCUCAAUCAAUGAUAUUUCUAUCAUAACAAUGCCUUAUUCAAUCCAAAUCGAUGACGCUGAAAUCGCGAGUAAAUUUGACUUUUCUCUGAAUAUUCUAUAUAAUCCAGUAACUAAUCAAUUAUCAUGCACCCUUGAUGCCUCCACUGACUUAUUCAAUGAAUUAACAAUUAUUAAGAUGUCACAACAGUUUCAUGGUUUACUUCAGCAGCUUCUAACAUCAAAUACAAACGAUCAAUGUCAUCAAUCAAUCUGUGAAACAUCAUUAUUAUUAUCUGAUGACAGAAUGCUUAUUCAAUCGAUGAAUAAUACACAAACAUCCUAUUCUUGUUCAACUUGUAUUUAUCAUGAAUUUGUUUGUCGAGUGAUGGCACAUCCGCAGAAAUUAUCUGUGGAACUUGAUGAUCAAUGCUUAACGCCCGUUGGGGCCAACCAUUUUAUGGGAUCAGAUUUUUCCAUACCUGUCGAUCUUGGGCCAGGUGAAACAGCUCCUGCCCACUGA